AUGUCUUCCAUUCUCCAAGCUGAUGUCUAUGUUUCUUCGCGCCUCCCCAUCGCAAUCAAGCGGUUGGGCGAGUCAAGUUCGUUCUCUCCAAUCUCCUGCACCCUUAUACAUGGAGAUUCAGGGGCUGUUCUUGUCGACACACCCAUUUCCACUUCUCAAACUGAAGACCUAGUUUCCUGGAUCAAGGAGACAGCGCCUGGUAAAGACCUCCGUUACGUGUAUAUCACCCACGGUCAUGGCGACCACUGGUUUGGCAUCACUGUCCUACGAAAGCACUGGCCCAACCUGCGUGCCCUCGGUACGCCCGGUACCAUCGAACAUAUGAAAGAACAAAUUAAGCCAGAAAUCCUCAACGGAACAUGGCUUACCCUGUUUCCGGGGAACCAAAUCCCCCAACCUCUCGAGCUGGCCGAGGCAAUGGACGAGCCUGUCUUCGAGCUUGAUGGCCACAAAUUCCACGCCAUUGAAGUAGGACAUACUGAUACGUACAACACUACCGUGCUCCACGUUCCCAGCAUCCGACUCGUCGUGGCCGGUGACGCGGUAUAUGGAGACGUACAUCAGUACUUUGGCGAAGCAAAUACCCCGGAAAAGAGAAAGGAAUGGCUCCAUGCACUCGAUACCAUCGAGGCGCUUGACCCGCAUACUGUCAUUGCGGGGCAUAAACGAGCAGGGACGGUGGACGGCUUGUUCAAUCUACAGAAGACGCGCCAGUAUAUCCUAGAUUUCGAAGAGGCUGUCCGGUCGGCCUCGAACUGGAAGGAAUUGACGGAGGAUAUCCAGAGACGAUACCCGCGACGGAUUAAUCCUCAUGCAAUCUUGAGAGGGGCGUUGGCCGCUUUUCCAGAAACGAAUGCGAAGUCAAAGGUUUGA